GCGCCACAGAUGCCAACCGACGCAAGAUGGCCACCAAAGAUUUACGCUGUCAACUAGCCCAAUAGUUAUCUAGCCUCAUAUAUAAUAUCUACGGUGAGGACGAAGGACAUUAAUCGCAUACAAAUGUUUGCUGAGUUUUGGCAGCUAUUAAAAAAAAUAUGUGCGCACGAACGACAGCAGGAUACCCUAAAGAACUUUGCAGGGGAGAAGAGGAGGACGAGCGACGACGUAUAAUUUUGGAAGCUGUUUGCAAGCAGCCUCGAGUCGUCAUCCGGAGACUAGCAGAUGUCAGUGAAUAUCUUUGCCCGAAGCAGCAGAAGCCAGAGUCCCCCACCAUCAAAGAGGAAGAGACCCCAGAUUGCCUUCACGUUAAAGAGGAAGAUGAGUCAGCUCGCGUCUCUCACAUUAAAGAAGAAAAGCAGGAGGACGAAAUCACCAAGAUUCCAUUGACUGCCAUCACUGCCAAGAGGGAAGAAAGUGACCGAGAACACACAUCAACCUCCUCUAUAAAAGACGGCAGCGAGGGUGAAAAGAAACGCCGCGGUGGCAAAACAUGCAUCAAAUGUUCUCACUGUGACCGAACGUUUUGCAACAAGUCGUCGUACGCGACGCACGUCCGAUCGCACACGGGAGAAAAACCUUUUUCGUGCUCGAUUUGCGGCAAGAAUUUCUCUUUGAACUGCAAUUUAAAACGGCACAUCAGUUUGCAUGGUGGAGAAAAACCUUUCGCUUGCUCAACUUGCGGCAGAAGCUUUUCCACAAAAACGGAAUUAAAAAAGCACGUGGAAAGACACGUAGAAGAGAAACCGUUUGCCUGCACAGUUUGUGGGAAAGCAUUCAAGGUAGCCGGAGAUUUAAAAUUGCACACAACAAUACACAAUGGAGAAAAACCUCAUGCUUGCAUCACUUGUGCUAAACGCUUCUCCAGAAAGCAAGCGCUAGUACUGCACACAAGACAACACACGGGAGAAAAACCUUAUGCCUGCUCACGUUGCGCUAAAAAAUUCGCCUGUCACUCCCAUUUAGUGAGACACAUCCGCACACACACUGGAGAUAAACCAUAUCCUUGUUCCGUUUGUGGCCAACACUUCUCUAUAAAGGCCAAUUUAAGAAGGCACGUGCGACGCCACAAUGGAGAAAAACCUUUCAGCUGCUCACUUUGCAGUAAAACAUUCACUGAGAAUGCUUUGAAGCAACACAUGAGAACACACACUGGAGAAAAACCUCAUUCCUGCUUGCUCUGCGGGAGAAGAUUUACAACUAAGAAGCAUUUAAUAAGACACAAAAAAGCUCACACUGGAGAAAAAUCGUUCGCUUGUUCGUUCUGCGAAAAAAAGUUCGUCUCGGGCACUGAUUUAACGACGCACACGAGAAAGCACACCGGUGAGAAACCGUUCGCCUGCAAAGUUUGUGGUCAAAGAUUUGCGGCCAAGGCUGGUUUGAGGGUGCACACAAGAAAACACACGGGCGAGAAUGUUUUACCUUGCUCUGUUUGCGGGAAAACCUUUAUCCGACGGUGCAAUUUAACGGCGCACGAACGGAUGCAUAGCGGUGAGAAACCGUUCAGUUGUAGCGUGUGUCACAAAAGUUUUGGUCAGAAGGCUACGAUUCAGAAACACAAAUGCAUCGCUGGAAAGAACUGGUUAACAAUUUUACACGGAAACUGACUUGCAAACCCGAUAAAAUGAAAAUUAGAGGGAUUGACAGAUCCGCCCCGUGAUUGAAAGUAAGGCUUGUUCAGAAGAUCGAAAUUAGGUAAAAAAAAAUUCAAAAUGUAUGGAUUUAUUUUUAAGUAUUAACUCAUUGGCUGCCAUUAAUGUCCGCAAAAUGGUUGGACGUCUAUCGCAGACAGUGAAACAUCAUGUCAGCCUUCCCAAAUAAAAUGGAUUUGAUGUCUAUAACUGCCAAUGGCAGUGAGAUAGCUCAAUUGAUUACAUUGGAUUAUCCUUUUUAAUUUUUUUUUUUUUUUAAUGUCAAUUCAUUUAAGUAGAACAAAAUACUUAAACCCUAUUUUGUGCUGAUUUGCUUCCCCCAAAAGGGUUUUGCUUUGCUUUGUUGAAAUCACUGAAAUUGUAACCUUUUUCCACCUCCUUAAUUCAUUUCCGAGGCAUCAGAUUGUGACUCUGUAUCAACAGAUCCUCAAAAUCAGUUGACCUGGUCUCGCAAGCAAAAGUAUUUGACUGGUAGGCUACAACCUUUAAAAUAGGUGCCCCAAAAACUUUUAAGAGAAUUUCAAUUUUGCUGUAUUGGGUGUAAUGCAAAGCCUUUAGCGUUUUUA